CAAUGGAACGAUAGAUAAAUGUCAAAUGUUCAAAAAAAUUGUAAACUACAGUCUUCAUGUUAAAGAAAACAUUACACUACAGUGUGCUUAUAUUAUGUGCUAAAUAUUAACUGUUUUAAUUGUGUAUUUUGUUUAUAUGCUUACGUCGUUACGAAAAUAGUAUAAGAAGCUAACUUAGAACUUAAAACCAUGUCUAGUGCAGACCGCAUUGAUUUUGAAAUGGAGGUAGAAGUAGAAAGUGCUUCAUCAGGACCCCCAGUUGAUUUGCCAAAUCCUACGUCUCCCGCACCAUCAGCUGCUGGUAAUCCUAAGAGUGUCGUAGUAACUACCGCUACCUCUGGCUCCGUAACUGUCUCUCUUCAUCCAUUAGUUAUUAUGAAUGUUUCUGAACACUGGACUAGGUUGAGAGCUCAAGAGGGCUCUCCACAAACUGUAAUUGGAGCUCUAAUAGGCAAACAAAAGGGUCGGAACAUUGAAGUCAUGAACUCAUUUGAAUUAGUUUUUAGUGUCAUUGAUGGUGAUAUAAUUAUAGAUAGAGAUUACUAUAAUUUAAAGGAAGAACAAUUUAAGCAAGUAUUCUCAGACAUGGACUUUCUGGGUUGGUAUACUACUGGAGACACCCCAACAGAAAAGGAUAUAGCUGUCCACCGACAGAUUUGUGAUAUAAAUGAAUGUCCAGUGAUGUUGAUGCUCAAUCCAGCGGGGAGGAAGGGUGAUCAAUUGCCAGUAGUGUUGUACGAGUCGGUAAUAGAUGUGGUAAAUGGACGGGCUACUAUGCUUCUUGCACCUCUCACAUACACUUUGGCUGCUGAAGAAGCCGAAAGAAUUGGCGUUGAUCAUGUAGCAAGAGUGUCAUCAGGCGAAGCAGCACUUAAUAGCUUGGUUGCGGAGCAUCUUACAGCUCAAAGAUCAGCUAUAAAAAUGUUGGUUUCCCGAGUGCGUGCGGUGCUCGCGACCGUGCGGGCUAUCCGCGACGGCGCGCUGCCGCCGCGACCGACGCUACUUAGAGAAGCGAGAGCGCUUUCUAACAGACUUCCAUUACUGACUUCUCAGCAAUUCCGUACGCACUUCUAUAAUCAAUGUAAUGAUGUGGCGCUUAUGACUUACCUGGGUACGAUCACGAAGGGCUGUAACGCGAUCAACCAACUCGUGAACAGAUUCAAUGUUCUGUAUGACAGGCAGGGCAUGGGACGUCGCAUGAGGGGACUUUUCUUUUAGGGCGGACGUUAAUAUUAAACGUAAAGAAGUUAAAUUAGGCUGUGUGUUAUAGGAUGUUUGGAAGAUUACAUUGGUUUUAAUUGUCUACAGAUAUCUUAAAUUUGGUAACAUUUGUUGAAAAUAUUUUUCCAUUAUUCUAUUCCUCACUCAUCAGCCGUGUCAUCUACAAGCUAACAAAAUAUUAACAUUUGCACCUAAAGAACUCCUUACUAUAGAAUGAACUAUUUCAAGUGAUAUUUGUGUUUUAUAUCAGUAAAUUUAUAAAAAAAUGCCUGUAAUGUAAAGCGAAUGUAAUAAAUAAAUUAUAUAAUACAGAAAAGUCUCGCAAUAGAAUUAGUUAAUUUGCGCAGCAAUUUAUGUUUUCGUUAAAUACCAUUUUAAUGCUAUAAUCGGUACAGAGAAGCAACAAUUCGAAAACGGAAUUAUCAAUUAAUUUUUGAAAUCGUUGUCUUAUUUCCUACAAAUUAUUAUUUGUAUUGAUGUUGUCAGAUGGCAAAUACUAUCGUAUUUUAAUUAACCUAAAAAUGAAUGGUUAAAAACACAAUAUUUAUGUCUAAUCAUUCUCAGAAACCAAAUGUCUGUCAUACACCGGACUUCAUGCUCAAUUAACAGUUGAAAAUAACAUCGGUUUUAAAAAAAUAGCCGUUAGUCACAUUUUAUUGUAUCGUGUAAAUGUGAACGUAUUUAUUAUAAGAACGAAACAAUAUCCACAAAUAGGGAUAUAAGUACUCACUGUCAUCUGAAUUUGCGUUGAAUUUUGUCGAAUGUGUUCGGCUUAUCAAAAACUCACAUAAUUCUAAGAAGUAUUGAAGCAGUAAUGUGUGUUAUAACAAAAUGAGCCGUUGACAAAUGCCAAUGGAGGCACGGUUAAUGGCGCAUUAUGUGUAUGAAAUCAGUAACUGAAUAUGUAAAUUUUUUAGAUACCUAUUAAAAUAAUAAUUA